CAUGUGUUGUUGUCUGACAGCUGCGGCAGCGUCGGAUCAGUUGAGAGCGAAAUGCAUCGUCUGUUAAACUGUAUCCAUGGAUAUAUACCAAAGUGACUCCUGGAUGUAUAUUGUCAUCAUCUGCCCGGCGGGCUGACAGAGCGUCAGGGAACUCUGCAGCUAUGGAUUGUAAAGACUGAAACCAUCUGCCAGCCGUGUCCAUUACUACCCACACCGUGUUAUCUGUCAUCGAAUUUCAUUAUUCUGAGGACUACUCAGAAUUCAGAAGUAUGCUGUUGGACAUGUGUAGCAUUGUCACAAGUGAAUGAGUCUUGAAAGGAACCUGUUGCCACCGAUAUUGUGAUAUUACCAGAAAGCUUUAAUCUGUGAAAUCCUUGUUUGAAAACUUUAUUUUCAAUCUGUGAUUUAGGUAGGUUGAAUAGAAAGCCAUUUUUAUCUUGUUUUUUGGUUUUGUUGCCGUAAUGAGAAGAAAACUAUUUUAUGGAGUUGUGUUCUGUUUGGCAGCAGUGUAUCUUCUGUACUAUGCUCUCCCCUGUGAUAACGGACCCAAAAUGUUCAUGGUUCCGAAGGAACCAACCAAGUUCAUGUAUGACAACAAACACCAUGCCAUUCCUUACGACGAAAAUAUGGACAUCAUAUUCAUCGGUGGCAUGCCAAGAAGCGGGACUACUUUAAUGCGGGCGCUUUUAGACGCUCAUCCCGAGGUGCGAUGUGGUGAGGAGACACGGGUGGUCCCACGGAUUCUCGGCAUGAGAACCCAGUGGGAGAAGUCUCCGACGGAGAAGAAACGGUUAGCCAAUGCCGGAAUCACUGGAGAUGUUCUAGACUCUGCUGUGCGUUCUUUCAUUCUGGAAAUCAUUGCCAAACAUGGCGAAGCCGCCCCCCACUUGUGCAACAAGGAUCCCUUCACAUUAAAAUCUGCCAUAUACCUUAGUCAGUUGUUCCCCUACUCCAGAUACAUCCUGAUGGUCCGUGACGGGAGAGCUGUCGUACAUUCGAUCAUCACACGCAAAGUCACCAUAUCUGGCUUUGAUUUGAAGAGUUACAGGAAGUGUCUGCAGAAGUGGAACCAGGCCGUCGAGUCGAUGUAUGGUCAGUGUUUGAGAGUAGGGCCAUAUCGCUGUAUGCCUGUGUACUAUGAACAACUUGUGCUUCAUCCCGAACUGUGGAUGCGGAGGAUCCUCAACUUCCUGGAGCUCCCCUGGAAUCAGUCGGUGCUGCAUCACGAGGACUAUGUCGGCAAGCCAGGAGGAAUCUCAUUAUCAAAAACUGAGAAAUCCACGGACCAAGUGAUCAAGCCGGUUAACGUUGAAGCACUGACCAAAUGGGUGGGCAGUAUUCCGGAUGACGUUGUACAUGAUAUGGCCUCGGUGGCCCCAAUGCUAAAAACUCUAGGCUACGAUCCAGAAGCCAACCCACCGGACUACGGAAAGCCAGACCCUCAAGUUUCUGACAACACGCUACAUUUACAACAGAAUAAAGAUCUGUGGCAAAAACGUGAAAAGGACAUCUUUGACAAAUUAGAAGAAAGCAAAGGCAAAGAGCCUCAAAAUAGACAUUCACCCAACUUGACUGUGCACUGAUCACAUGGGUACUUAACGGUAUUAUGAAUGUGUAAAUGAUUAUGAAUACUGUCUCAAAGAUCAUCCUUUUACAGUCAAUCUCUGUAUACACUUUGCAGCAUACGAAAAUUAAGCCUGAAAGUCAAGGGGUCCUUGUCAUUACCCCAAUGUUAAAUGUUACACAGUUAGGGGGUCCCACAAUGCAAAUGCUAUUGGAGCAAACACAAGGACCCCAGGACGCCCUUAGUUUUGAAUAUAGUAUUUGUAUUAAUCUGGAUAAUGUUAGACACACUGAACCACUGAUUUCCAAUGUCAUCUAGGGUUAAAUGAUCAGCAUUGGCAUGUGAGAACCAUUAAUAUUGUCGUUCAUUAUUCUAAAGGGUUAUCUUCUGUGACAGAAGCUGGGCUGUGUUAUACUGUUCAUAGGUCAUCCAUAUUAUUUUGUGUGUUGUCAUCCCCAUGCUAUGCCAGGAAUCGGUGUGGGCAGGGGAGUAAAAAUAUAAAAUUUAGAAUUUAAGAAUCUGACUUUGAUUGAGAAUGCAACAAAGUUGUCUGUUUUGUAAGAUGGGUGCCAAAAUAUUUCCAUAGUUAAAAACAAGUUACAAAUCUUUGUCAGUUUCCAAAAGUGCCUGUGUUCAGUAACUCACAGUACCCUUACCUUGCUCUAUUCUUUGUGUAAAGAUAGCUGUAUUGCUGUUGAAAUGCAAGAGGUUGAAAUAAUUUAAAAAAAGCUUGAGCAAAAGGCAGAAUGACCUUAUUAAAUAAUAUGAGCAUUUCAAGGAGACCUUUUCAUUGCCCUCAUGUUGAACAUUUAAGGUUUAAGGGGUCUGAAGGUUUGGCCUACAGCAACAGACCUAUAAGACCCAAGGAUCCCUAAUUUGAAACACAGCGAUAGAAUACAAACUGUAAUAAAGAAACCAUUUUUUGAUGUUUGCAUUAUUACCUGUUGGAUUUUAAUUGUUUUCCCAGUUGGGGUUGAUAUUGGUUGUUCUAUACAGAAAGCACUCAUUCAAAUAUUGAUAGUGUUUUGAUGUGAUACAACUCUUAAAAACUGAUGAAUCGCAACAGCUGCUAAGAAUAGCAUGUUAAGAGCCUGUAUUCCUGUGGGUCAUUACAAUAUUAACAAUGUGCACAGUCUUAAGAACAGCUGUUUGAUAUUUCAGUAGAAACAGUAGUAAAUGAAGCAGUCAUCAUUUUACUAGUGAACUGUUCUAAAAAGUAAAAUUAUAUUCUGAUAAUUGUGGAACAUGCAAUCUCACACUAAUAUAGUUACAACAAAUAUCCCGGUAACCAAAGUUUACAAAGAGAUGACUGAGAAACAUUUGAUUGUAAUUUUUCAGCCUUGUCUUGAGUUGACUGGAGGGACAAGGAAAGAUAUGAGUGCUUUUUGGCUCAAUAAAGACACAAGGGGAGCUUUUGGAAACCAUUGAAACAUCUUGAAAAUGUUCAAGUGAUUGAUAUAAAGCAGUUUGUCUUGUCAUUCUUAGUCAUACAGGGACGGUCGGGUAGCCUAGUGGUUAAAGCGUUCGCUCGUCACGCCGAAGACCCGGGUUCGAUUCCCGACAUGGGUACAUUGUGUGAAGCCCAUUUCUGGUGUACCCCGCCGUGAUAUUGCUGGAAUAUUGCUAAAAGCGGCGUAAAACAAUACUCACUCACUCACUCACUUAGUCAUACAUCAUUGACGAGUUGUGGCAACAGAAAAUAAAAAAGGCCAAUUUUUCUUUGGGAUGAAAUUUGACCAUGAGCAAUAAGUGACCUCAAAAUGAAAUUUUCACCAACUGUCUGGAGAGUUUUCCACAAACAAUUAGCUUGGGUCACAAUCUCAUUGAAAUCAGAUCUUAGUUUUCGCUACCGCUAAACAAAGAUCUGAGGACAUCCCAUUACGGGUCACGUCAGAACAACUUUUCCCGAAUUUUGACCGACCAGUGACAUGACUGACAAGAAAUCGACAUUAGUUAAUCAGAAGGCAGCUUUCUUGAGACACUAAUUUCAAACAGACGACUACGCUUUGAAACAUAUUUUGACGUAUUCACGAUUAAAAAUUUUAAAACUGAUAAGAAGAACAUUCUGGAAUGGCUUAUAGAUGGCACAGAUUGUAUGGAUAUAAUCAUAAAACCUGU